UUUAUUAUGCACACGCACUCUAUAUAUACAGCACAGCGCUUGAAAAUACAGCUUCAAAUCUACGUCCGUACGUCCGCAAGACUUGCUCUCUAUUAAAGCUUUUGUUACAGUUAACGUUUCGACCAGAACAAAGAUCUCCAUCAUACAGUAAUGGCUUACCCUGGCUACGGUGCUCAACCUCAGCAAGGCUAUCCGGGCGCGCCAGGUUAUGGUCAACCAGGAGGUCAGGACCCGUUAUAUGGCUAUUUUGCAAGUGUAGCUGGACAGGAUCAACAGAUAGAUCCGAAGGAGCUCCAGCGAUGCCUGACCUCAAGUGGGAUAGCGGGAAACUACCAGCCCUUCAGCCUUGAGACCUGCACCUUAAUGAUCAACAUGCUUGAUCGAGAUCAUUCAGGACAGAUGGGUUUCACAGAGUUCAAAGAACUUUGGGGCGUUCUCAACCAAUGGAAAACGACCUUCAUGACCUAUGACCGAGAUAGGUCGGGUCAAAUCGAGCCUCAUGAACUGACAGCAGCACUUGCUGCAUUUGGUUAUAGGUUAUCACCCAACGCCAUCAAUGCCCUGGUAAGAAGAUAUGGAGUGAACGGUCGGAUUCAGUUUGAUGCAUUCGUUGGAUGUGCAGUGCGUCUACGUGCCUUGACAGAUUUCUUCAGGAGAAAAGACACACAGCAGAAUGGAAACGCUAUGAUGCAGUAUGAUGAGUUCAUUACGAUGACUAUGUCUGUGUGAUGUUACAAGGCAAAGAAAAGAAAAGUUCAUCACCAGCACCAUGUCUAUGUAACCAGUCUGCAAAACAUCAGUUGAUCCCAGGAAAGAGAAGGAACAGACAGACGAGCGAAUAAAGACCAAUUUCUUGGCCUCGUAUUUGAGAUAAAGUUGACUUUGACCAAGGUGCAUGUACUAUGCAUGUAGCUGGUUGAGGCAUAGACAGAAUAUUUACACAGAAAUUCCACAUGGGACAAACCAUGGACCUACAUGGACAAACCUACACAAUUUUAUUCCAAUGUUUAUUUUAUCCACACUAAAUAUUUCCCUUGUCCAUCACAAAGCCGUAUCAAACAAAAGCAGAUAUCCAGCACCAAAAAAAUUAAAACAAAUAUCUGUUACUGCCCAUGUGGAAUUUACCUCUUGUUGACAACUGGUCUAGUUAGUUAAGUUAACAUUUAUUGUAUAAAUCAUAUAUGUUUGUGUGUAGUGCGAGGCUUUUAAUCUAUAAUAGCUUACCUGUUUGUAUAUAUAUGGGAAUAUUGUUUAUGUGUUGUUGGUGUGUAGUACUGAUCACUGAUUUUAACAUUAAAACUGUAGUUUAACCUUUACUUUUCAGGCCUUAGUUCAAUAAUGAUAAUAAUAAUAAAAGACAUAGUCACAUAGCUCUUAACACUAUGUUUCUAAGCGCUUUACAUUGUAAUCAUGAUAAUCCCAGUCAUUGGAUUCAAUUGCUAAUCUGCACGUGAUAGUGCACACGCUCCGCUCCCUGGGGAGUAUUCCAGCCAGGCGCCAUUUCACAAGCGCACACUUGCCAAUACAACCACAUCCGCAUCCUACCUGGUAACUAUUUAACACCGGGUGGAGAGUGGCAAAUGUAUGUACAUGUCUUGCCAAAGGACAUUCAAGUUCAAGCUUAAACAUUUACGAAAGAGCACCAGUUACCCCAAAUUAUUACGUUUUUUUACGUUUCCGGUUUCAUUUUGAUAUACAACAUUGAAAAUAUCAGCUUCGCAUAUUUGUCUCCAGAGAUAUAUUGCAUGAUUAAAAACACAGUAUUAAAACACAUAAAAGUUAUUUGUUAGUUAAACUGUUUUACACACCUGUUUGAUUUCUGAGUCAACUUCAUCAUGCAGGUCUUGAUAUAACAUCAUUUCCCCUCGUAUUCUUUAAUCUUAAAUCAAUGGAAUGUGUCAGAUUGUGUAGGGAUGGUGAUUUUUAUGCAUGUUAAUUAAAUACAGAUUUAUUUUUCUAUGGAUGGGGGGAGGGGGGGGGGGGGAUGAAUUAAACAAACAUAUAAUUCACAUGUGUUCUACUACACCCACCUAGAGCGCGUGCUCGUUUCUUUUCUUCUCUCUCUCUCUCUCUCUCUCUCUCUCUUUUCAAUACUUUAUAGCUUAGAAUCAUACUUUUGAAAGAUUUGUAUUUUAAAUAUUAUAGCAGCGUACAUGUACUUUCCACCAUACUCUAGUCAAAAUCAAACAUCUGAACUCAUAUUCAGGUUACUUCUGAGCCUUUUAUUUCAGUAAGCUAACUUUAAGGCAAAAAACUUAAUAGCUUUGUGACAUCACACAGUCAUUCCAAAAUAUUGUGCAAUUAACGUGUCACAUUAAAUGUGCUCUGAUAUAAUUGUGCCUAUGAAAAUGAUAUGCCUGCCAAUCAAAAUAAUUGUCUUAAGUCUGCUAUAGAGCCGUCUUAAAUUUAGGUUAAAGUACUUACAUGUAGCCAAAAGCUUCAACUGAAUACCAAUGUUGGCUAAGUAGUUUACCUUAACUAAAAACUAAAUAAAAUACUCGUACUUCUGGCAUAAUUACUGAGCUGAAGAGCGUCCCAAGUUCUUUGAAAUCCCGUGAACCCAAAGGAAAUCUUAUAGACAUUUAAAAUAGUUGUUAUGGUUGAUAGUCUUCUGGUGUUGAGUAUACAUUUAGUAAACAAUGUAGUCCUUGAAUUUGAAGAAAAAAAUUGUUCAACAUCUUGAUGUCUUUCAAACCAAUUUACAUAACCUCACGCAAGCAAGCAACUUAAGAUUUGUAUUUAACGUUUGUAAUAUUCAGAAAAGUUGGUGAAGUGUAUUACAUCAAUCUAUAUAAAUCUCUGAAUAAUAUUCAUGUAAAAGGGUUCAACUAGUGUGCAACAAGAGGAAUUGCCUAUUUUUUUUAUUCUCAGUGCAUUUUGUUAUAAGUAUGAAAAAAAAUGUCUGAAUUCAUUAGAAAUGUAACCUUUUAUGACAUACAUUGCACCUGUUGUAGUAUGUUCAAGUGAAUUAUCUUGAUGUUCCUAAUGCUCUUUCGUUUCUAACAAAAAGGUAAAUGAUAUUUCGAUAUUUUCAAAACGGGUUCCAUGUCUAGGUAGAGAUAUACAUUUUAUUAUUUUAAUAGAUUGUUAUCUCUUUUUUUUUCCCCACUUUAAAAUGUUCUGCAUUUAAGAGUACAAUGCCAUAUGUACAUUUUUAAUUCUUUAUUAAUUCAUCAAAUAAUGUCUCUGUAAACUGCAUUUCCAUUGUUGUGGUCAUGGAGAAACAAAUGUCUUGAUGUGAAUGAGAUGUAUCUGAUUAGUGAUCAUGAAUGAUCGGUAAUUCAUCAAGCAUCAUCCUUUGACAAUAUUCUUUUGUACUCUUUGGUUAUAGGAGAUACUUAUUAAGACCUUUGCUGAAUAUCCUUUCCCUGUAUUUCUGUUUCUUGAUCUUAUGGAUGAUGUAGAGAAUGUGGUUUAAUAUACAUAAAUGUCACAAAUGUACUCACCUUUUAUAUGUUUUAUUUUCGGGUCAUUUGAAGUGAUCAUCUUUUUCUAUAUCCAUGAAUAAAGAAUUAUUGACUUAUAACAUA